AUGAUGGUGGUGCCCGGGAAUGCCCCGGUGAUCCAGCAGGACCUGGAGCCCGACCUCGGGAGAGCCCCCCCGGAGCACCCCGCCAUGGGCCCUGGCACGGAGCCCGCGCCCGAGGAGGUGGGCCCGGAGCUGGCAGAGGUGAGGAAGCUUCGGGAGCUGGUGAGGAGGCUGGAGCUGGAGAACCAGCACCCCAGGAGCAAGAGCAGCAGGAACGUGCUCGGGCCGGGGGAGAUUGGCGGGGACAGCCCCGGCCUCAACGGGACGGAGCUCAACAACAGCAUCAACGCCCUCGCCGGGCAGCAGGACCUGCAGAUCAUGGCAGACCUGCACAGCCAGUGGAGCAAAAUAAGGCAGGAGGAAGGAGAGAACAACUGCUUCAAAAGAGCCCUGGGGGCCCAGAGGGAAUACAGCUGCAACAGUGCCCUCCAGGAGGAGGUGCCCGCCAAGGAUGGCACGGGCAGGUGUUCCUCCUGUGCGGAUACAAGGAACGGCUCCGAGCUGCUGGGGGUCCAUCCCUCAGCCAGAAUCCACGAGCAGGAUCCCAGGGAAAAGUGUGCAGACCUGGAAAGCCUUUCAAACCACGAGGAUCUGGAUGAAGUGAAAGUGUUAGAACUUGAGAACUGCACCGAGGAGGAGGAUUGCUGGCUCUAUGUGUCCCCAAGGAAGUCUGCAGAGGAGAAAACAUCCUCCCCCUUGAAGUGGUGCCGGCAGGUGCUGGAUAACCCCAGCCCCGAGAUCGAGGCAGCCUGCAGGACCCUCAUCAACAGGCUGGACCAAGCCAGUAGAUGGAAAAACCUGUAUUGCAGCCCCCUGGCAUCUCCCAACUUGAAUUCUGAGCCAGGCUCCUGUAGCAAUGCACUAAACUCUCCUGGGCACCUCAAAUCGACUAACAAAGCACUACUAACCUGUGGCAGCUCAGGCUACCUGAGCAUGCACUCUGCGCUGAGCUCCCAGUCCUCAGUGGACAGCGAGCUGAGCACCUCGGACGACUCCAUCUCCAUGGGCUACAAACUGCAGGACCUCACGGAUGUCCAGGUCAUGGCACGCCUUCAGGAAGAGAAGGAGCUGAGGCACAGCAUGCCCAACCUGGCCAGGAGCAGCCUGCGCGCGCUCGACUCCGUGAGGAGCAGUCGGAGCCUGGAGUCCGACCUGCAGGUGCCCAGCAGCCGAAUUCCCAGGACUCAGCAGCGGUCAGCAGGUCUGACUCCCAGCAAGCUCAGGUACUCCUCGGGUGCCGGGCAGUCCCCGCUGACGGUGCGACAGCCCGGCAAGGCCGGCUCGGGCACCAACUCCCUGCUGGCCACCAGGCAGGCGGUGAAACCCUGCGGCUACACGGCUCCCGGCUCUGCAGUCAGGAAGCCACAGGCCCCUUCGCUUCACACGGGCUCUCCCAGCACCAGUUGCACUUCCAGAACCACCACCAUGGUCACCGCGGCCAAAACUUCCGCCCUGAAGGCGCGGCCGGCCGGCGGAGGGAUCGCGGCGCCCAAGGGGAAGGCGACGCCGCCGUCCAGGAGGUUCCUUCAGUCGGCACAGACCCCCCCGGCCCCCGAGGACGACUCCUGGAAGGAUGGGUGCUACUGACCCCCCAACACCUCCGUGGAGCAGAGCCCCAGCUGGCUGGGCAUCACCUCCCUGGGCAAGGAGCCUCCAGCCCCCUCUCCCUGCAGACUCCUGUACAUAUUCCUCAGAUUCCUGGGAAGCAGCUCCACCUGCUGCUCUGCCAAGAGCCCGACCUCGCCGCGGCAGGA